UUUUCUCCCAGGUAUGGCAGCAGCCAAACUUCUGCAUGAUUCUGGCCUGAAUGUAGUUGUUCUGGAAGCCCGGGACCGUGUGGGAGGCAGGACGUACACCAUUCGGAACCAAAUGGUUAAAUAUGUGGACCUUGGAGGAUCCUAUGUUGGGCCAACCCAGAAUCGUAUCUUAAGAUUAGCCAAGGAGCUAGGAAUAGAGACCUACAAAGUGAAUGAAGUGGAGUGUCUAAUCCACCACACAAAGGGCAAAUCAUACAAAUUCAGGGGCCCAUUACCACCCAUGUGGAAUCCAAUUACCUACCUAGACCAUAACAACCUUUGGCGGACAAUUGAUGACAUGGGACAAGAGAUUCCCAGUGAUGCUCCAUGGAAGGCACCCCUUGCAGAAGAGUGGGACCACAUGACAAUGAAGGAGCUGCUAGACAAGAUCUGCUGGACUGAAUCUGCAAAGAAGCUCGCUACUCUCUUUGUGAACCUGUGCGUCACUGCAGAGACCCAUGAGGUCUCUGCUCUGUGGUUCCUAUGGUAUGUGAAGCAGUGUGGAGGCACGGUCAGGAUCAUCUCAACAACCAAUGGAGGGCAGGAGAGGAAAUUUGUGGGUGGAUCUGGUCAAGUGUGUGAGCGGAUAAUGGACCUCCUUGGGGAUCAAGUGAAGCUGGAGAGGCCUGUGACUCACAUCGACCAGACGGGAGAAAAUGUCCUUGUGGAGACCCUAAAUCAUGAGGUGUAUGAGGCUAAGUAUGUGAUUAGUGCUAUUCCUCCUACUCUGGGCAUGAAGAUUCAUUUCAAUCCUCCUCUGCCAAUGAUGAGAAACCAGCUGAUCACUCGUGUGCCUUUGGGUUCAGUCAUCAAGUGCAUCGUUUAUUAUAAAGAGCCCUUUUGGAGGAAAAAGAAUUACUGUGGAACCAUGAUUAUUGAAGGAGAGGAAGCUCCAGUUGCCUACACGUUGGACGAUACCAAACCUGAUGGCAACUAUGCUGCCAUAAUGGGAUUUAUCCUUGCCCACAAAACCGUAAAACUGGCACGUCUUACCAAAGAAGAAAGGUUGAAUAAGCUUUGUGAGCUCUAUGCAAAAGUUCUGGGAUGCCAAGAAGCUUUGCAGCCGGUGCACUAUGAAGAGAAGAACUGGUGUGAGGAUCAGUACUCAGGAGGCUGCUACACGACCUACUUCCCCCCGGGGAUCAUGACUCAAUAUGGAAGGGUACUCCGCCAGCCGGUGGGCAGGAUUUAUUUUGCAGGCACAGAGACUGCUACACACUGGAGUGGUUACAUGGAGGGGGCUGUGGAGGCUGGCGAGAGAGCAGCCCGAGAGAUCCUGCAUGCCAUGAGGAAGAUUCCAGAGGAUGAAAUCUGGCAGUCUGAACCAGAGUCUGUGGAUGUUCCUGUGCAGCCCAUUCACACGACCUUCUUGGAGAGACAUUUGCCCUCCGUGCCAGGCCUGCUGAGGCUGAUUGGAUUGACUACCAUCUUGUCAGCAACUGCUCUUGGCUUCCUGGCCCAUAAAAGGGGGCUACUUGUGCGGCUCUAAAGAGGAGGCAUCUGUAACCAUACCUUCUUCUUACUUUACUUGGUGUGUGGGUUUGGGGAUGGGGUUGCAAUAAAGUUUCAUGAAGCCAUACAGACUCUAGUGUGAGAUGAGGAGCAACACAAGUCAGACUACUGACCAUAGGAAACAGUAUCUUUUUCUCUAUUUGGUCCCUGCUUAUUGUCCCCUGCUAGGCUUAGCUCUCUGUCUUGCCCUUUUACAAAUUUAUUGCCCCCAGAAACGUCACAAUAGUUAACAAGUCUUGUUUAAGGCCCUUGCUGCCCCACAACACACAUUGCCCAUGCACAAAAAAAAAAAAAAGCUUUUCCCUACCUCUGUGGCUUUGUGCUUCUCCUUCCUCUUAACUGUACCAUUCCCAUCUUUCAAGUUCUCUGCAUUUGUCCUUAGAAUCCUGUAUUGUUAUAGGUGGUAGACCUAGGAGACCAUCUAGUCCUCACUUUCUAUUUUAGACUUGAGCCAACUAAAGCUGAGGGAGGUGGAAUAUAAUUAUCCAAGGUCUGAAAUAAGACCCUGAUGUUUUGGAGACUAGAACGCAGGUCCAUUUCUUUCCCCACCUCCUUGUCUGUAUGCCCCCAAUAACCCUCCUCUACUCCCUGCCAUUGUGGCUGAUGACACCUUCUUGAAUGGGUUUACUUUGUACUAAGUUGUUAUGUACCACUACUCUAUACUACCCCUACAAUUGUUAUGCAAUAAAAUUGAUUCACCAGA